UCUUUAUCUUCUUCUUCUUCUUCCUCCUCAUUCUCCUUUGAAAUUUGACUGGAGACCGAUAAACAAGAAUAUGGGUGCCCCGCAAAAUUACAGUAGACCCUCAUUUUUCAAGGUGAUGAUAGGAGAUUUUGGAAAAAGGCUUAAGGUGCCAGUAAAUUUCAUCAGGAACUUUAACGGGAUGAUACCCUAUGAUUCGAUACUUCGAAGUCCAUCAGGAUGUUGGAAUGUGAAGGUUAGAGAAGAAAAAGAUGGUGGUUUGUCUUUCUGGAAAGGGUGGCCUGAUUUUGCUGAAGCACAUUGUUUACAGGCGGGGGAUUUUGUUACUAUGAAGUAUAUUGGCAAUUCACAGUUUGUUGUUACGUUGUAUGGUAAUAAUGGAUGCGAAAAGGUAUCGUCUCCUACGGGCAGCAAUGGCGUAAAAUCGAUUCCCUCAAGGAAGAGGAAAGAAUGUGGAGAAACAAGUAAGAGGCAAUUCACUAAUUCUGGUUCCGGGUUUGAUCAGCAUAAGUAUCAUGCAGGCGAUACUGGAGGAGAUUCGCUUAGUUCUGGCAAAAAGAAAUGUGAGUUGUUUAAAUGCGAUGCACGAAAGAGAAAAGCAACUGUCAUUGAGGGAAGGACAGGGGCUAAUCAAACAGAGUGUUCGCUCGCGUAAAGGGAAACCGUGUUUUAUUUUUUUUUGGACAGAGAAUAAGAAAUAUCAAAUGGAGAUUCCUAAAAAGGUAGUAAGAAAAAUAGGAAGGACACUGUCAGAUAUUGUUGCUCUGAAAAGCGCUAAUGGUAGACUUUGGAAUGUGGAAUUGAAGAGAUCUGGAGGCAAGGUUUGGUUUUACAAAGGUUGGAAGGAAUUCAGGAAUAUCACUCUUUAAAGGAUGGUUAUGUUUUGGGAAUCAUUUACAAUGGGAAUUCACAAUUCUGUGUGCGUAUUACCAAUUUUAUAUAUGGUUCUGAAAAGCAAGGAGAUCCUAAUCCUAAGAAAAGGUGCCGGUUGAGCAAAAGGGUAUAAGAUGAUGACGUUAUAUGGUUGGACUCACCUCCAUCUCGAACUCAUGUUGAAAGUACGACAAAUGAGGAAAUAGCGCAGUUGUCAGUUCCUCCUGGUCUCGAUACACCCAUGCAACUCAACAAAAAUAAGGGUAUAACGUCUUUGGUUACGGAUGAAACCAGGGAAACGUGUUUAGGAAAUGAAAGAACUCAACGUCUACCAGUCGUUACAGAAGAAGAGAGUAAAGACAAGUCCAAUUCACCCGAGGCCUCAAAACUUUUCUAUAAAUUAUCAAGGAGAACCGCCAAUGAAGAAGUGGCUCAAGUAACCAAGUUAUUUAAGCGUCAGACUCGAUCUCCUUUCUUUGCAGUUUGUGUUCGAGAUACCUGUCUAACUGGUGGAUAUCUGGUGACAGAUCUUGACCUAAAAACUUCACUCUUUAAUAUAAUCAUUUUUCUCUUUUUGGUCUGGAAAA